AUGGGCUGGCAUCAUCGACUAUUUGCGGCCGUGCUGCCGGGUCUUGCUGCCGCCACGCUCACCCAGGAGCAAACCAACGGAAAUUCUGUGCUGGGAACGGCCGCCGCUCCCUACCUUCCCCAUUUCCUCACAAACAACCCGCUGCCCCAAGGCUAUCCCUGGGGCUCGCUCACAGUCAACGGCACUGACCAGUACACGACGCACCCGACCACGGGCGUGAUCCGGUCGUACGACUUUACCAUCAGCCGCGGCACGCUCGCGCCCGACGGAUACAGCAAGUCCAUGAUCCUGAUCAACGGCGGGUUCCCCGGCCCCUUGAUCGAGGCCAACUGGGGCGACACGAUCCAGGUGACCGUGCACAACAACAUCACAGAGCCCGAGGAGGGCACGACGCUGCACUGGCACGGGUUCCUGCAGCAGGGGACGCCGUGGGAGGACGGCGUGCCGGCGGUGACGCAGUGCCCGAUUGCACCCGGGUCGUCGUUUACGUACCAGUUCCAGGCGACGCUGUACGGCACGGCGUGGUACCACUCGCACUACUCGGCGCAGUACGGCGACGGCGUUGUCGGCCCGAUUGUCGUCUACGGGCCCAACGCGUAUCCGUACGACGUCGACAGGAUGCUCGCGCCCGGCGGCAAGCCCGAGGUGCCGUCGGACAACAACCUGAUCCAGGGCAAGAACAGCUUCGACUGCGCGACCGUCGACAGCGCCGACCACACCGCCUGCGUGUCCGACGCGCCCAAGGCCGAGUUCUUCUUUGAGCCCGGCAAGGUGCACCGCCUGCGCCUCAUCAACUCGGGCAGCGAGGGCGUCCAGCACGUUAGCAUCGACGACCACAUGCUGACGGUGAUUGCCUACGAUUUCAUUCCCAUCGAGGCGUACCAGGCCAAAGUGGUGACGCUGGGCGUGGGCCAGCGCGCCGACGUGCUGGUCACGGCCAAUGCCGCGACGGGCCGCAACGCCAGCACCGCCUCGUUCUGGAUGCGCAGCAACCUGGCCCUGUGCUCGACGGCCAAGCAGCCGUACGCCUUGGCGGCCGUGUACUACAGCCGUCCGUCCAACGCGUCGUCCGGGUCGACCGCGACGCCGCCGGGCGCCAGCAAACUUGAAAUUGGUCUUGGCGGGGCGGCGAGUCUCCCUGGUGUCGGCUCCGGUGUCGAAAUCGGAUCCGGCGGUCUUGGCGUGAGCUCGUAUGGCGGCGGUGUCGGCGACGAGGGCAGCUCCCAGCCGAGCAAGCCAAAGCCGACGACCACCAGCCCCAAGCCCAAGCCCGAGCCCGAGCCCGAGCCCACCUCCCGGCCCUGGGCGAUCGGGUCGGUCGGCGUGCCCGACCCGCGGUCGUGCGCCAACGACGACCUGGCGCUCACGCGCCCGCUGUACCCCAUUGCGCUGCCGCCGCCCAGCUGGACGCACACCUUUGACAUUGGCGUCUUUGUCAACGCCUCCAACGUGACGCUGUGGAAGUUUGACGGCGUCAGCUUCCGCGGCGACUACAACGCGCCCACGCUGCUGCUCGCCAGCCUCGGCAACGCCAGCACCGCCGACUGGCCCGUCGAGUGGAACGGCCGCAACCUGUACACCAACUCCUCGGUGCGCAUGAUUGUCAACAACCCGGGGCCCUCGCAGCACCCCAUGCACCUGCACGGCAGCAACUUUUACGUGCUGCACGAGGGCCCCGGCCCCUGGGACGGACACACCAUCGUCCACCCGGAGAACCCCAUGCGCCGCGACGUGCAGCUGGUGCGGCCCAACGGCCACCUGGUGCUGCAGUUCGACACCAACAACCCGGGCGUCUGGCCGUUCCACUGCCACAUUGCGUGGCACGCGUCGGGCGGGUUCCUGGAGCAGUUUAUUGUGCAGCCGGAGAAGAUUGAGGCGAUGAGCGUGCCGAGCAUCAUGGCGCAGACGUGCCGUGACUGGGCGGCCUGGACGGGCACGCAUAUUCCGGACCAGAUCGACAGCGGUCUGUAG